AUGCAAUCCUCGACGUUUCUGCCAGAGCAGCGGCACUUAAGUAGCAAGAGUGGCCCCCAGAACCACCACUACGUCAACCCUCUCGUCUCCAGCUUCCCGACCGUGGUGGGACCUAAACUGCCAUGCAAGUACCGCGUCCGCCGCGCAAUAGGCCGCGGUGCCUUCUCGACUGUUUGGCUGCUAAUCGACAAUAAAACCGGCCAAACGGUUGUUGGCAAGCUAUCCGACGCCUCGCACUCCUCUAGCGCCAGCAAGGCGUUUGCCACGGCAGAGGUGGAGAACAUGCGGUGCUGCAGCCACCCAAACAUCAUCUCCCUCAUUGAAAACUUCGAGGCAGGCGAGAAGUCUCUGUAUAUUUUAGAGUAUGCAAACGCGGGUGACCUGCAGACUCAGGUGGACACUCGCGCGCAGCCACCCCCCGGUACGAACGACGGCAGCCCGAUUCCAUACCGUGAAGACGAGGUGCUCGUUAUAUUCGCCCAGCUGGGUCUCGCCAUCCGCUACCUGCAUGACCACCGCAUCAUGCACCGAGACCUCAAGACUUCCAAUGUGCUGCUCACGCGCAGCGGGCUUAUCAAGCUCGGCGACUUCGGCUUUUCGCGUCAGUACCAAGAGAGCGUCUCUGGCGAAGUCGGGAAUACGUUCUGCGGCACGCCCUACUACUUGGCCCCUGAGAUGUGGCAGAGACAGCCAUACAGCUACAAGGCCGAUAUUUGGUCCCUUGGAGUCAUCAUGUACGAGCUGCUUGCCUUGAGGAAGCCAUUUCAGGCAACGAACCUGUCAGAGCUCAUGGAGAUGGUGACACGGCAGGGUAGCUUUGACCCGCUGCCGGAGGAGCUGUACUCGUCGGAUAUGAUCUCGCUGGUGAAGCAGAUGCUCAAGGUGAACCCGAGUGAACGCCCGAGCAUCAACGAAAUACUUGCCUUGCCGCUCUUUCAGCAGAGGGGGCUGCGGAUACUCACGAUAAAUGUGCGUCGCAUCAAGAACCUCGACACGGAGGUGCGGGCGCGACUUGUAGAAGACGUGGGGGUGGUGCUUGGUGACAACGACAUUUCCGAUGCAGCACCGUCGUCGUGA